UAAAUAUCUGUUUUUGUCAACAUUUCACUCAGCAGACAAACUUUUAUUUUGUGAUUAAAACAGUUUGUAUAUUAACUUUGAUGUGUUGUGUAGGAUCUUGUUUUUUCACAUGAUGUGCAGCUGCCGCAGGAGCCUGCUCAGCAGAUAACCACUGCACUGCCAGCCUGCCUCAGAAUAACUCGGCUAUAUGUGGCCUGAGUUAAUCCUUAAAGACGAGUGCUGCAGAGCUCCCUUCCUGCCUGUCAGUCAAAGUCCAGCACUGAGACACAAAGGACUUUCCCUCCUGAGAUCUGCAGGACAACACAAAGAUGACAGUAGACAGCCCGCAACUCAGCAGGACACCUCCACUGGGUGAGUCCAGAACAACAUGUACCUCAUAUUUCAUCUUGAUCUUUGACUGUCAUGUUUUGGGAAGAUUCAGAUGAUAGUUUGGAUUUUUCUGCUCAGUAGUGAUAAUUUUUUUAGUUUGACUCAUAUUUCUAGAGAGGUUUGCACAUCACAAAGAAGCAGAUGUGUUUAAAACGUACAUUUUUAGUGAAGGAGUCUCAUGUCUGUUUUUGUUAAGUAAUUUAUUAGCUUAUUAAAGCUUUCCACCUUGUUACGUAAGAGGCUUUUCAGGAGUCUGGCAACAACUCACUGUUGCUCUUUCAAGCAACUCAGAGUUGUUUUCUAUUACCUGCCAUGAGACUCGUAUCAAAGGUGAGGUUUUCCAUUUCCUUUCAUUUCUAUUUCCAAUGAAAGUCAGACUUCUGAUAGUUGUACCAUCAUCUGCUGAAGAAAACCCAACAUGGAGGAGCAGGAGUCUGACUCUUAGCAGGUUUUUAGCUGCAGCCUGGAUGCUGUGAGACUUAAAGGUUGUGUAAUAAUUUACUCAAUUUAUGAGACACAUGUUAACAUUCCAAAAUCUAUCAUCCAUUAAAGACAAACAGCCUUUUUUUUGUAUUAAAAGAGCUUCUGGGAAAAGAAAUCCAAGAGUUAACGUGUACUUUACAGAAAAUGAAGUUGUCAAACCAAAAGUCAGCCUGGUCUGCGUAAUAGUUUGUAAACAAAAAACACUAAUUUCUGGGGUUGAUAUUAUUAGGUUAUUUACGGUUUCAUUUCAUUCUGUGUCUCGUCUGCCUCACCUGUUGCUCGUUUCCCAGAGUCUAUAUAGUCUCUGUCUUCCCUCUGUCCUGGAUGGUUCAUUGUGUGUGUUGUAUGUCGAUGUCUCUGUGUGCCUAUCUUUCUUUUUGCCCCAGUGAUUUUUGGUUCUUUGGAUUUUGCCUCUUGUGUUUUUUUUGUUUUGUUUUUGCCUUUGAGAAUAUUUCUGUUGGACAUUUAAAGUAAGUUUUUGUUGCUUUUCAUUUGGUUAUUUUAAAAUAAAUCCUUUUUUGUGUUCUACAUUUUGGGUCUUUUUCGUUUUGUUUAACUUCAGAUCAUCACACACUUUGAAAAGUCAUCACAGGAGCUUUCAAUCUGAAAUCUGUUGUACUUAUAUUGUCUGAUUGACUGUGAUUCUUAAGUCGAUUCAGUCACACAUUAGUUUAAGUUUUGCUUUUCUUUAUCUGUUUUAUUUGUUUACUUAAAACUUUAUGAAAGCCGCUGAUUUUGUGAAGCAGACAAAUCAACAAAGUUAAAAAAAACUCUGAUCUGCACCAUGAGAAGGUUUUUUUCAGUGUUAAUCUCCAAAAUACUCAAUGUGAUAAAAGCACAAAGAACUAAAUACAGAACAGAGAGUCUGACAGACCAGUGAAUGAUUAAUGGUUAUAAAAGACAUGACUCCUGAUCACAAGUCUGAGCCACACUCAUGGCAGACCUUCUCAGUCGAGGGCAGAAUAAUAAUCUGAGUCUGCAGCAGAUUGUUGGUAGAUUAUAUCAUCCUAAUCUCAGACUGAAAAACAGACUCAGCAGUAACUGGUCCUCGGUUGCAAAAGGAGGUUUAUAUAUGUGUGUCUGUGCACAAAUUAAGGCUCUUCUGCAGUUUUUAUGAGAUUUACAACAUGAUAUGUAAAUAAUAAUAAUAAUAAUAAUGCAUCAGAUUUCAUAUAGCGCUUUAUCAGAGACCCUCAAAGCGCUUUACAUUGGAUACAUCAUUCAUUCGCUCACACGGUCACACUUUGGUGACUGUUGGUAAAUGUUAGUGAUUCAUGUAGACAGUCUAACCCUGUAAUUGCCUUUAUAGAAUUUGAAGCUGGAGACACAUCAUUUAAAAAAAUCUCUUCCCUGAAAUAAAUUCUGUUCAUUAAAGAUCAGUCUGAUGUCUCUGCUUUUCUGUCUAACGUCUCAGUGCAGUGAUGCCUCCUCUGCUGCCUCCUCCAAGAUGGACAGUUCAGCUGUGAGCGAAACACAACCGACCACCAUGAGUGCAGACACCGACUGCAGAACCGAGUCGGACUCGGAGCACAACGGCCUGGACUCGGAGCACAACUGCGAGCUGGCCGACCUUGUAGCCGCCAUGAACGUGGCCGCCAACCGUGUGACCCCUCCUAACGGCUACAGGUCAGGAACCCCGAGGUCCACCGUGAGCGCCCAGAGGGCUCGGUUCUCAGACAGGAAGCUGUCGUUGCAGGAGAGGGGGAGCCGCAUGGCCCGACAGCCCACCAUCGAGACCAAACGUGUGUCCAUCACAGACGGUGAUGUGAGGAGACUUCACAUCAUGCUCAGUGAAAUCUGCUCAGUUUGAGUUUAUUCAGCAGAGGAUUGAACAGAGUGAUGUGUCCUUGAUUCAGUUCUCUGUUGGUUUUCUGCAGGAAUGUGUUCAGCUCAACCAGUACAAGCUGAAAAAAGAGAUCGGAAAGGUGAUUCAUGGAAACUGAUGAUGUGUCUUGAGACAGAAGUGACGGCAGAGAAUUUAUAAAACGCUUAUUUUUACUCCACAGGGUUCAUACGGCGUGGUGAGGCUGGCCUAUAAUGAAGACUCUGAGCAGUACUAUGUAAGAAGAAUUAAAGAUACUGUCUAUCCUCAGAGGUUUUACAUGUUUGUACAACUGAGUGUUAUAUUCUUCAUUUCUUAAAUCUAGGCGAUGAAAGUUGUCUCCAAAAAGAGGCUCAUGAAGCAGUGUGGAUUUUUCCGUGAGUAGCAACAACAUUUCAGCAUUUAAAGAUCAUCCUGCUCUCUUGUCUCAUUGAUUUUGUGUUUAAUUUCAGGCCGCCCCUCGCCUCAGGGAUCAAACUAUCCACAGGAUCCGUACCCCAAAGCUGUGCUGCCUCUGGAGAAAGUGUACAAAGAAAUCGCCAUCCUGAAGAAACUGGACCAUCAUAAUGUGGUUAAACUGGUGGAGGUCAGUCAUUCGUCUGCUCCUCGAAACCAGUUUGAGGUUUUUUUACAUUAGUGACAUAGACUGAAAUUUAUACUGAUGCCUUUAAUGAUAUAAAAAAGCAAACAAGACCAUCAGGAAUAAAAUUGAGAAGUUUUUUAGGUGUCGGUGGAGUCUACAUCUUCUUGUUGUCUACAUGUUCAUACGGCAUUUUUCUGACACUAAAGGACAUAUCAUGAAAAAAAAACAAAGUGCAAAAUUUGUAUUUCUGAGUUUUUUCGUAUUCCAUCGCUUCUGGCAGACCCAAUCAGCAGGUUCAGAUACAGUGAGAUUUCCUACAUAGCAAAUCCAAGCUCCGCCCCCAGAGCCCCGAUAUGCAGGCCCGACUCAGAGAAAUGGAGAGGAUGAUCGCGGAACAAGCAUGUGCGUUAGCAGAUGGUUUGUGUGAUGUUUGUUAGAAAGUUAAUUGUGAACUUUCAUCAUACCCCUAAAGACAUUAGUGUGCGAGAGCUGAAUAGCUCCUAUGUUACCUGCCACUUCUACUACACCGACAGUGUUAGGCUGCAAGCUAGCAUGAAGACGAGUGUGCAGAGCAGCGCUGUCUCUGCCCACUUGUCUUCAUGCUAGUCUGCCUACGACUCAGAGGUGAAUUGCUAAUGAGCUACAGAAGAAAAGUCCUUGAAAAUGAGACACAGGUAACACAGUUUUGGCUAAAACUUCAUAAACAUAAUUUAAAGACCACUAAGAACACUUUAAGUAGUAAAAAAAAAAAACAAUCGGAAUAGGACUUUAAAGGGUUGCAUUGAAAACCGGACUUAUUCAUUUGUACAGGAUAUAAACUGAUUUAAAGCUCCUGUGAGGAAUGUCUGGUUUAUGUUGAUCACUUUUGCCGAUCUUGUGUAGGGAGCGUCUCCUGACUAAAACUUGAUUGUGAGUCUUGAUGCUGAUGAUCAUACGAUAAAAACUCCUCACUGGAGCUUUUUAAUGUGUCUUGCAGGUUCUUGAUGAUCCGGAUGAAGACGGACUCCAUAUGGGUAUGAACCUAAUCAAUCUUUCUGCAGCAAUUUUAAUUUGAUCACUUCUGUUUCACUCAAGUGUGAUUUUUGCCCUCAAGCCUUCGAGUUGAUGACAAAAGGGUAUGUUUCUGUGCGUUUAUGGGUCUUUUCAUGUUUCAAAGCUAGCACUCUAGCCCGUCCAUCGAGUGUGUGAUUCAUAAAACCUUUACCUUUUCUUCUUCCUCCUCUUCUUCAUGUCGGUCAGGCCGGUGAUGGAAGUACCCACAGACGAUCCUUUCACAGAGGAGCAGGCUCGCACUCACUUCAGAGACGUUGUCCUGGGAAUAGAGUACUGUAAGUUUGGUCAAUUACUGCUCUUAUAUUAAUCUUUGUUUUAAACUCAUGCAUGACUUUAGUUGCGUUUAAUCAGUAAAACUCACAUAUUGACUUCUCUUGAGCAGUGCACUACCACAAGAUCGUCCACAGAGACAUCAAACCCUCGAAUUUGCUCCUGGGGGACGACGGUCACGUUAAAAUUGCGGACUUUGGAGUGAGUAACGAGUUUGAGGGGACUGACGCCCUCCUGUCCAGCACAGCGGGGACGCCGGCCUUCAUGGCCCCAGAAAUGAUGACCGAGUACGAGCAGAGCUUCAGCGGGAAGGUGAGAAGAAACUUCAGCCUCACAUGAACAAGAAAUUAAACAACCUGUGGAGUACAAACUGAGAGAAAUUGUCUAUAAAUUAUGUCCUGCUGCUGCCUGCCGAGAGCACAGCCCUGAUUAUGACUCUGUUUACCAGGCAUUGGAUGUGUGGGCGAUGGGAGUCACACUGUACUGCUUUGUUUUUGGGAAGGUAAGCAGGUUUGCAGCAAAGUGCAUCUCACAAAACAAAACCAACGUUUGAGUGACUGGAUUUCUUUCUGAACUGUUGCAGUGCCCUUUCUACGAUGAGUAUAUCGUCGCUCUGCACAACAAGAUCAAGAACAAACCGGUGGAGUUUCCAGAGACGUAAGAAAACAGCUGGUUGUAAAAAUCAGAUUCAGUUCAUUCACUUUUGAUCCACAGAGAGGAGGGACUGCUGCAGAGUUAGUAUUUCUCCAGAGGGUGAAAGCAACGCCGAGCAGCAGAUGAUUUUGCUCAUGAUGCACAGACAAAAAUACAAACAAAACUUAUUUUUAAAUGUGCCGCAGAAGAUGCAAACACCAGAAUACUCCUUAUAAGCAUGUGUAAGAUUAGUCCUAGGUAAGUCCUGUUUAACUUCCUCUACAGGCCAACGAUAAGUAACGACCUGAAGGAUCUCAUCGAGAGGAUGCUGGAUAAAAACCCCGUAACCAGAAUCACCAUCCCGAAAAUUAAGGUGACAACAGAACAAACUUUACUCUUUUUUUUAUUUUACCUGUGUAACUUUCUCUAAAAACAAACUGUGCUUUUCUGUGUCCGUGCUCUGACAGCUCCAUCCGUGGGUGACAGAGGACGGCUCCAACCCUCUCCCUCUGGAGGAGGAGCACUGCACGGCGGUGGAGGUGACUGAGGAGGAGGUGCAGAACAGCGUCAAACUCAUCACCAGCCUCUCUACUAUGGUGAGCUGUCGGACUCAAUAAGAGCAAUCUUAUUGAUGCAGUAAAACAUGUGGGACUUCAGUGUUAAUAUAUCAGGGUAAGUGAACAGGGGAGGUUACAGUUAACCAGUGAGUUAACCCGUUAGUGCCCAAAUCUGUCUCAGGAAAAAGUCUCAUUUUCUCAUUCUCUCUUUUAUCAAUAUAGCUGUCCUUAUUUAGACUUAUUUAGUACUUUUAACAAGUGUGAGCACAAGGUGAUAUUUCUGCAGAUUUUGGUAAUUUUUACAAACUACAACUAGUGUUGUGUCAUUCGUGAAGGAUCCGUUCAAAUGAACCGAAUCUUUUAGGUGAACGUACUGAACCAAAUUACUUCCUCAAGUGAUUAGUUCGUUUCUCACUUCAUUUGAGGUGAAGUGAGAAACAGCAUUGCCAGGCCAGCAGCCAGCGACCGAGGGACCGCAUGCACCUACCCCUGAAUCACUCGGUGAACUAAUCACCCAUUGAACUACACUCUCUGGAAUAAUUUUUGUCGGUCAAAACUAUCUUUUUUUUCACUGCUAAAUUGCCACCACAACAACUUGCACAUCGUAUCUUUGCAGCGGUUUGCGAGUGAACGGUGAAUGUUCAGUUUGAAUUCUUCCAAACAUUCAGUGAACGAAUCACUCACUAAGCCCAACUUACUGAGCAGACCUGAUAAAUAGCAUACCAUAGGACAGUACACUUAAAACAUCAUGACUUAUAAACAAGUUAAUUUUUACAAACCUGUUUUUCAAAGCAACACACCCAAACACUCUCAUCUCCUGGUCCCAGAAGCUAUGAAUUGAACCGGAUCCUGAACCGUUCAGCUGAGUAUCAGUUCAGGAGAUCGGAGUCACAGGCUUCUCCAGCUGAAUGAUUCUGUGAUUUGGUGAACAAAUCUUUUGAACGAAUCUUUUUAGUGAACUGAUUCUAAUGAUUCAGUACAUCUAAAAGGACUGCCGUUCCCAUCAAACUAACUUCAACAAACUCAGUUGAGUUAAAAUGUUUAUAAAAGUGUUCAGAGGCUUUAGGCUUGAACACUUUGUGAAUUUUAAAUAAAAAUCUAUGAAAAUUCGGAAACAAAAUAAUGAAUUUUAAGGAUAACUUCAGUUUUACAACACUGGGAGAAAAUUAUUUGCAAUGGUUUCACAAAAAGCACUUACCCAGCAGGAACAACAAUCAUACACUUGUCUUAAACGAGUUAAUCUGAUUAAAUUCAAAACAAGAUUUCAGAUUUUUUUUUUUAAAAAUACAGAUUAAACCUUGUCAAAGUGUGUAUUUCUUUGUUUCUAUGUGAUUGGAGGACGUUAGUGUACCUCCUCCCUCUUAAUGUCCUCUACAGAUCCUGGUAAAGUCCAUGCUGAGGAAGCGCUCUUUCAGUAAUCCCUUUGAGUGUCAGGGCAGACGGGCAGAGAGGUCCAUGUCUGCUCCUGGAGGUCUUCUUACGUAAGUAGCCUACUCUGCAAAUCCUGCUGCUCCGCUCUGACAGACCGCCAGCUCUGCGAUUAGGCCUCUAACAAAACAAAGCAGUGAGCAGAUGCUUGGAUAAAAAUAGAUCACUUACAUACUUUAUAUGCGAGGUGUGUCUCACUUAUCAAAUCUAUGGGAUCUCUGAAUGCUAACAAGCUCUUACACUCUAUUUAUUCUGCUUUGAGCUUCAAAUUAGGAGCUCACUCAGGCAGGUAAAAGCAUCUAUUUUAUCUCCUACAUGGAUGCUUCAGCAGCAGUAAUGGCUGCUCUGCUUUUGUUUGUUUUUCCAUUAAAAAGGCAGGCCUGUCUGUGUAGGGGGGAGUGGGGGUGGGAGUGAGUGAGGGGGGGUUUGCUGGCACAGCUAAUUACACCUCCAUGUGAAGAGAUGUGGAGCUGCAGCCUCCUCCAUACAUGACCAGGCUGCUCCGCCAGCUCUGCGGACUCCCACACAGUGAAAUCUGUGCAGAUCAGGCAGCCUGACACUUAAUACGUGAAUGAGAAACAGCAGAAUGACUGUGAAGACUCAGAACCACCUAAACGUUAUUUCUUAUAGCUGAAUGUUUUCUUCAGUUUAGUUUGAGUUUUUGUUUUUAAAGAAGCUAUGAACUUUUUUUGGACCCAAAUAACAAACAGUCAGACCCUGUGAGUAAAUAUAGACAAAAUAUGUAAAUAACUAUAUUGUAGGAGUAUAUAAUACAUCGUAUAGUGCUGUAAUAUUUCUAUACCAGCUUGUCUUAAAUAACUCUUACUGCAUUAUGAAUUUAAUAUCAAUGUUUCUUCAACUCUGGCGGUUGCACUAAUGUCAAAAUUUUCUUUUUUUUCUACAUAAAGUCGUUACUAUAAUUGCAGCUUUCUCAAAAGCUGAUCACAUGACAUGUUACUCAUCAUCUACCUGAAUCAGAAAACAAAAACUGAAUUUUCCCCCCUGAAUUUUAAUGCAGUAAUAACAUACAAAAGUUAAUAUGGUAGAAACCUGUUGAAAAUGUGUCCUUUCUCAGGUUUUGGUCCUUUUUUGUUGUCUUGCUUAGCAUGACAGCUCAGAAUCAUACAGUACCUUUGUGAGUCUGUGUGUAGUAUUUUUAUUAAUAUGAACACGCUUUUAUUUGUAGACAUAACAUUUGUGCAAUAUAUUGUACAAGAAAGUGAGUUGUAUUCUCCUUGAAUCCAAGUCCAAAUGAGAUUUUAUACGGAGCUGUGUGAGAAGCUCCUGUAAAGAAAGUUCAAAGUUUGGUUCAGUCUCCUUGUAUAUUUUUUAUUUUUCUCUCGAUACUAUAUUUUAUGAUACAAUACGAUAUAGGCUAAUAAAUUCAUUAAACUCAAACAGAAGUUUUAAAUUCUGAGAGCAUAGUUCCAGUUUGCAUGUAAUUUCUACUUCAUCUAUUUAAGCAUCUCUUUUUAGUCAGAUGUAUCCUAUAAAAAAUAGCAGUACUGGAUAAAGGAAUAACGGAGACAUUAAGAUCUUAACUGUGACGAAGAAGCGCUAAACCCUUUGGUAAAACAUCAAAACAGCUGCAUACUCUUUAUGUGGCCGUUCGCUCGUCCACAGACCUAAACUCCAACACCUCAGUCGAUUAAUGUUCUCCAAAAACUCUCAAAAGAGUUUCUGAAGUUGGAGUUUGUCUCUCAGCCAUCUUUGUGAUCAUGAAUGAACAGGACGGUAUGGCUUGCUCAGUGUUGGUCUCAAAGCUGUUAAGCUCGUCGAUUAACACAUUUACAGUCUUAAUACUAAGCUAAGCAGCUAAUCUGGCUGGAGCUUAAUAAUUAACCUUUUGUACAGAUGUGACCGCAACAUUCAUUCUGCCUUUUUCUUUGCAAAAACAAACAUAAUAUGUGAUUCUGCCUUUGGAACGUUACUAUAAAAUCUGUGUCUGCCAUCAGCUCCAUUAAAAUACUAACACGGUGUGACAUUACAUCUCCUUUUUGCAGCGGCACUUGGGGCUUAUUGGGGUCUUCGCCUCAGCUUCAUCCUUCCCUGAGGUAACUUUCUCUAACUGCUCUUAGCUUGAGCUCCAUGCGCUUCAUACACGGCUCAGCUCAUCAGUUGUUUGUUCAGCCUUAAGAGGAUUUAAGAGAGACAAGACAACACAACGCACUCAACAACGAGCUGUACCUGAAAUAAAUGGACACACAGUUCCUGUCCAGUGCUUUGUGUUGACUCUCCUGUCUCUGUCAUGUGUCCUCUGGAGGCUGACGUGGAUGAGGAGGAGGAGGGCAUGCACCCUGUGACAGUUUUAGUCUAGUGUCAUCCCCCCUUUACCCUUCUCUUCCUUCCCAUAAUCUGCAAUUUCCCUGAUUACCUAUAAUAACAUGAACGGACGUCUUUCUUCAGCAGGAAAGUCAGCAAUGAGGGGAGCAGAGACGGAGAGCUGGAGGACUUGUAUGAAGACGAUACAUUCACAGAGUUCACGGAUGAAAAAGACAUGUAAACAAAAACUGAAGACGAGCCGAUUGUUCCCUCUUUUAUUGCAUUUCUGCUUUAAAUCUUGUUUUCCUACUUUAAGCAAAAAGAUUGUAAUAGUUCUGCAAUCUAAUUUAAUAUAUUAUUUAACAUUUUGACUGAAUACUGUGUCAAAUGUGUAAAAUGAUCCAGAGGGAGGUUAGAUGUUAAUUUAUCCGCUUUGCUUGUUUACUUGUUUUGCUAAUAUCUAAAUAACAGACAGCAUGAAUGUGAGUCCUGACACGUAAUUUAUUCACUUUGGAUUGUGAAAACUGUAAAUACGCUC